AUGAUAUAAAAGGCACUUGCUAGGCCAUGCUAUUUGACACGAAGAUUAGUCACAAAACAUGGAGCAUUUCGCUUCCUUUAUCGUGUGUACUCUUUUGCUGUUGAACGUGUAUUGCACUGAGGGUAGUUCAACAAGCCAGCAACAAUGUUCUGUUCGAAACGUGUGCAAUGUAUUCCAUAACGUCUCGAACAGGCAAGAUCGUUUGGAGAAGAAGGUUAAAGAACACAGCGCGAUACUUGGCGGUCGCUGUGAUGAAGGUAAGGCUAAUGAGCAUUUAGCAGUUUUUUUGGGUCAAAUCCACUAAUAAAAAAAUCUCUAGCGCGGUGAAAGUUCCUAGAGUGAAACUCAUGCACCACGUGGCGGCAUCUCUCGUAUACAGGCAAGCAAAAGGGAAUUUAGGGUAGCUUUCUUGCGUUGCAGGCGACCCGCGCAUAGCAGGCAUUAGGGACUGGGGAGGGGUAACUCUUUUACAUGAAUUAUUUCAUAUAUACUAACAUCAUUUCACUCCUCACGGGAGAUAUGAACUCAAUAAAUUGACCUCGCUCCCAAUGUGUGGCUUUAUAGCUCAGUUGGUAGAGCAACGCACUGGUAACGCGGUUCGAAUCCCGUUGAAGCCCUGAUUUUUUUCAGGCUUCUUCUUUCCAAUUGCUUAAAUUGGAAAAUUUACUGCGAUGAUCAUUCUUCACUUUCAUCUUUUACAUACCUCGUUUAGAACUUUGCAUCUCUUUUAACUGCUGUAAAUGUAUUGUCUUUUAAAUACGAAUGAAAUCCCUUUUCUUUUAUAUACCUGGGGACUAAAAAAGGGACCGUUUUCGGGCGGAGCAUCCCCGUAUAGGCCAUCAUAGGAAGUACCUCUCCGGGCAUUAGGGCUGAGCCCAUUGAAAAUUGUUGCAUUGAAGGGUCCUUCCAGAGCGCAAUAUGCGAAGGCUGUGGGUUUUAGUUUCCUUAGCCGGCGAAAACAGACGUUUCUCAGCGGCAAUGAACGAGGAGAAACGUCUGUUACAGGCUAUAAUUUCUCUUUCAAAUAAUUUUCUUGGCUGUGGGAGAAAAUAUUUGGAAGUUUAUAAAAGUUCUGGUGGAUUUUCACCGUCGCGUAAUUUUUCACACCGUAAAUUCAGUAUGCGCGUAAAUAAAAUAGAGGCAAUUAAAUGUAUAAAAGGAAGAAGCAGCUUGUUGCUGUAAAACAAAGCAAUCAGGAAAAAAAGAAACUGUAAAUUUGACUCGGUUCCUAAUGUUAUGAACUGAGUCAAAUGUAGAGGGAUUUGUAUGGAGUCAUCGGAGCAUAACUGGGCUAAUAUCUCAGAGACAAUUGCCCUGAAAUGCUAGUUUUUCAUGAAGUAGGCCUCCUGGAUGUUGUUCUUUCAGAAUAUCCUUACAAAUCCCAUAAUUUCACAAUUUUUUUUUUGUGACUUCACACUUUGGUUGUGAUAUUUUGGUGGAAAACAUUUUUAAAGUUAUAGGUGGAGAUAACGUUUUAGUAUUAAUUGUAUAUUGUUGAAUCUAAGUCAAGCAUUUCACCAUUUACAGCUAUUUACUUUGUCGGGUUCAUAUAGUGACAAGUAGAAUUCAUGUAAAAAUCUAAAAUAAAACAUGACAGGACGUUGCUCUUUACUCUAAGGUUUCAGUUGGCCAAAUAUAAUUUGUUGAUUAGUAUUGUAAAUAUUGUUAAUAAAUUUUCUAAACUUUCUUAAACUAUUCAACAUUGAUUUUAAAAUAAAUGAGUGCCGUUUGACAGAUCAGUUAGCGUCGGCCUAAGAACAUCCACAUAGCCGCGUGCACAGGACAUUCAACUCACUAUAUUUACAGCGCAGCUCAGUAGUGGCGAACCAGUUUAAAAUUCUCUCCAGACAAGCCUCUGGGAUUGUAUCGAGGAUCAUAAAGACAGGGACUAGUAGAUCUUCAGUUUCAGCCUUCAUCCUGUCUCCUCAGGGUGCCGAUGCACCGCUUUUGGAAUGUGUGUCUGGCGCAAAACCGCGUUGAUAUGCCUGUUGUAUAAUUAGAAAUGAUUACAUGGAGAACAAAAGAAGAAAAUUUCCUAUCGGCUUCUUCGUGGUUGGAUUUCAAAACAGCUACAUCGAGGACAGGACCUGAAAGGAAAAUUACUUUUAAUUUGAACAACCACUAGAUACGACGAUUGUAGUGUUAGCGGCUGCUUGUGCGAUACAUUCGUCUAAGAGAAUCGAAGACCGUGCUAAAUCCGUUUUAUUGUCUCUUAGUGCAAUAAAUACUUGCAAUGGAGCCUUCUUUGAUCUCCGACUUCUUGUUGUUGCUUGUUAGUGGAUUGUCUCUGAUAACGAUCGAAUAACACAACGAUCCCCUAUGAGCCUAACCUUCCCUUUAUUACAAAGUUUACGUGGCAGCUCAAAAAGCCUCCGAAUUAAUGGUUUGCUUUUUCUGGAUUUGCAUAAGUUGUACGAAAGAAAUUAGCCAGAUCGAUGAACAAAGCAGCAUUUCCUUGAAGUGUGAUUGACUACGGGCACUUGGCUUUCUCUGUCAGAAAGUCUGCUAAAAAAGACUUGUUUCCCAUUUGCAUGUUGUGGCUCAUGAUUUCUGCGAAAGGCAGUGUCACUGGCAUUAACUGAUGUUUUAAUAUGGCGUGUAUUUUUACCUCGCCCCUCAAUUCAUAAGCUGUGACUAGGCAACAUAACAUUCUCUUGUCUACGUGUAGAACUAGAACUUUUAACUUUGUAAUGCCGUUCUUCUUUUCCGUCUGAAGAAAGUAGCCUCCUUAACAUUCCACAAAUUUUCAACCUCAGUGUGUCCCUUCAAUUAGAACAACUUAGACAAAGGACUGCUCAAUUUCCGAGGUCAUCACCGGCAGGAUUUUUUUGGUCUGAGAGAAGAGCAUCCCAAAGUUUUGUAGUGAAGUGCAUUUGCAGCUUCAUUAUCUUGCUCUUGUCUCUUCCUGGCACUCUUUCUUAUGGAUCAAGUGGUCCGCAUAGUGGUGAAUGUUAAAUAAAACGACAUCGUUGAUGUUUGCGCACCAAUAUGGAAACCCAGGUGGAGGAGAGAACCCAUCUGCUAAGCACGGAACAAGUUUUCUUGAUAAAGACAAUGCCACCACUCAUCAUCUAGUCAGAUCUAGCCACUUCUGGACACCCUUUGUCUUGUCAUUAGUUUUCACCAUUAAAUUACCCGUAAACGUUUUUAUCACAACGUGCUUGGUAAAGGAACAGAAAGGUUUUGCAGUUACCACAAAGACGUGUUAUGGACGAUGUUGAAAGGGUUGCAUGUUUUGAAUUGCAGCGUUUUGUUAAUACAAUUAGUACAUUUGUUCCUCAAAAAGUAACUGAACCAAAAAUAAGCAUUCUAUAUCGAAGGGCGUGGUCAUUUGUCUAGGGACGGCUUAAUAUGCGUAGAAACAGCAUAAAAAUCUGUCAGAAUUUUUCUCAACCCAUUCGCUCCUGGAGAUUUUGCCGAAAAACGCGUUUUGAAGCUAGUGGAGUGGUUUUCUGGUCACUGUCGUGCUAUAAAGAGCUAAAACUUACCACAAACCGGUUUACAGGUCGUACACUUCGCGGCCUUCUGAUCCAGAUGCAAAAUAUCAGCUUGCGAAGUUCGGGCAUGCGUAGAAAGCAAAAUUUCGAGAUUUUUGGGUUUAAAAGUGACACAGCAGUCUUGACUUUUACUUUUCGCUUCCUCUCCUCCCUUCUUUUUUCGCUUUUGUUGCCUCAUUUUUUUUUCUCUUGCUGGGCAUUUAGUAGGCUUCAUUUUGGUGGCAAGAGUUUUUAGGAAAGCUUUUAGGAUCUUAGGAUUAGGUGAAAGGAAAGGUAGGUGAGCAAUGGAACAAGAUUUUCAUGCAGAUUUUCAGGUCCAUGUCACGUGGUUUUUUGCUUCUUUCUCCGGUGUCCUCGACUGAAUUGUGCUCAUUCUGGUAUGGUUUGACAGAUCUCUUCACUCUGCAUAAGUUAGCGAAGAAAGUUGUCCUUGACCGUUAAAACUGAUGACGUCACAAAGGGUAGAAAGGACCUGGAUCCGCACGGGCGGUUACGGGCGGUUCAGGGGCGAAUGGGUUAAUUAUCUUUACAGUGCACCUUAUCACAAAUUUAAAGCGCUUCUGGUUAUAUGUAACUUAAAAUUGUUAAAGGAAAAAACUCCUUUUUUUGGACAAUAACGUCAUAAUAAUAAAAUGCCCUAAAAUACCAUCUUAACACAAGAAUUGAGCUUGGCAACAAAUGAUUUUGGAAAUCAGGGUACUCGAGUUAGUAAGAAAAGGAUAUGUUGCCAAAAUCAGACAAAAAUGUCGGUGGGUGUUACAUUUUAGUUCCCUGUGUACCCGACCACAACAAAAACAGGAUAUACCGGUAAGUCAAAUAAAAUAGUAAAUUGUUUGGUAAACGGCCCUGUACUUCAAGCAAGACGUUUAGUGACUAUUCUGUGACUUAAUGGCUCUUUCCAAUUCGUUCCAAAUUAAACCUUUUGGUAAUUUUACACUAAAACCUUGCAAAAUUUAGUAUCUGCCGAUCGAUCUGAAUGUCUCAGGCGGACUACUAUGUCUUCCACUUAGGGACAAACGAGUAUAGACUAAAAAUGAAGGAAACUCAAGCUAAGAAUAAUGUAGACUUAGUUUCUUAUUAAAAAUAUGUACUUUCUUUUCUUAUCCCAGAUGGUAGCAAGUUUUCGGCUUCUGCUGUAGUACAAUGCGCAAGCAUGGUAAAAUCUAUUAAAGACAACCACUUCACGCUGGAUGCCAGGAACCCAGGGUCAGGUAUAUGUAGAGCACUUUCUCAUCCAACUGACGAAACACAGGCUUAUAGCGUGUCAGCGGAACUUCUGAACCAGAUGGGUUGGAGCGGAAUAAACAGCGGACAUCCUGGACUACUGUACAACGCUUUCGAUGAAAACAACUUUGACUUUGUUUACUUCCGGUGAGUUUGGUCUAUUAUGAAAUAAUAAAAUCCAACUAGUGCUCUAUUAUCAAUGCUGCAUUCUGAUUGGCUGAGCUACUACCAGGCUAUAUGUUAUAGCCCACUAGCAGCGAAAAGUGCCGGCUUUGAAAACCAAAAUAAUAGCGGCUGAAUCGCGUUUGACUAGUUAAAGUUGUUUUGUCUCGAUAUUUUUGACCAACUAGUUGGAUUUUUCUAAAACAAUUAUUCGGCCUCAUGGGCUAUUGACUCGGAGCCCAUUCGGGCUCGAGGAAUAAUUGUUAAAUAUUUUUUUGUCUAACUUUUAAUCUAAUGAGGUGAACGUUAACAGAGUCGCAGGAUACAAAGUAAGGAAUACUGACUGAUAUGUAAUCGUCAAUCAGAGUAUUAGAAUAUUUUAUCACAUAACCUACAUUUAGCAAACAAAACAUAUAAGCUUGAGAGGUCCAUUGCACAGUCCUCUUGACAACAUGAGUGCACGAAUACCGUGUGGCACGAAAUUUUUGCGGGAGUUAAUUUUUGCCGAUUGGCGAUUUUUUGUGUUUUCCCAGUUUGCGAUUAGGAAGAUUGGUUUUUCGUGCUGCGAAUUGCUUUUUGCUAUUUUCAGAAAGUACUCCGCAGUACCCAGCAUUGACAAUUUUUUCCUUUGUAAUUGAGUACGUGCAAUAGAAAUACAUAUUUUCAAACCACGAACUAGUAUUUCAUUGUAUACCGUUUUGUUUCUGAAAGAAAGAGACAAGUUGUAAUUGAACAGGCACGAUUUCUUAGCACUGAAUUUUUGUGUGGCGAAUUUAAGUUACAGAAAAUUUACUCUGGAAUACAUUGGGAGGAAAAAUGUUUGCGGUUUGUUUUUUACCGAUCGCUGAAAAAAUCCCGAAGAAUUAGAACCUACAAAAAUUUCGUGCCCCACGAUAGGUAAAGUACACCGUAGUUAAGAGAGACGAGAUCGUCUAUUUUUAACGUUGAUUUUCUUAUGCUCUUAUUCAAAAUGAAUUAGACCGCACUCGGCCAGCGGAUGUUACCAGACAGGGUACAUGGCCAAUGGAAAGUUGAAUUUCGUAAAGAGUUCCGCGUGUCCUAAUGGACCUCCAAAGGGUGGUGUAUGGUUCCCAGUCUCGGUCACGGUGCACGGUCAAGACGUACAAGUGUACCACAGUGGAGUCCUGGUGGCGUCCGUCAAGUCCCAUUUUGCUCAAGGGCCUGGGGAGGAGUGUUCACUUUCCUUGGUUACAAAAAUGUGAUCCUCUUCAAGAAGUUUAAAGUUGCGCCUCAAACGCCCGUUACUAAAAGAUGCAAAAAGGUAGUGUGAAACCUCGACAUCACCAAAGCAGUACUUGACAUCGAUCAUUCGAUGACAAUGGCCGUUUUCACACUAGAGACGGAUAAUCCAUCUGCAAAAUCCGUCAAAAUUGACGGUUGAACAGAUGGACAAAGUCAGGCGGAUUGUUCAUACAAAAGUAAAACCGUUCCAUUUUCAAAUUAAGUCCUAUUAUCUGUCUGGCGCGAAUUUUUCAAUGGAUAACCCGUCUCAGACGAAUAAUCCGUCUCCAGAGUGAAAACGGCCAAUAUGAGAAACAAUUCUCAUCAACGACUUCAGUUUUACAAAAAUUCUAAAGCGACCUAACAGUACUUGACGAGAUUUCCUCGAGUAGACCAUAAAUUGACUUAUAAGAUAACGUGUUCUCCAAAAAUUAUAUUUCUUUGACUCGUGUAAUAUUCGGUACCACCAUCUUUACCAAAGUUAAAAUCACAGUAGCUUUUUGCAAGAGCAAUAAUGGCUCUUGCUUUUUGCAAGUUGUCGGUUUUAGACCAAUCUCCUUAAGGGUUUAAAUAAACCCUCAGUCACUUCCAGAUUAAUCUUCGUAAGGGGUUCCCCGUCUUUUUUAUAUGGGGGUCCAUCCCCCUUCCCUGGGGGAUGGAUGGGGAAGGGGCAUUUUAACACUUGAUUUUCCUACGCGAUAUCUUGUUCACCUAACGGAUAUACGCAGGUUAAUUGGAUACCUGGAUACACUAAAGUGGAUGCUGCCCACGGACGCUGGCCGCAGGAUGGUUUCUGUCAAGUAGCACCUUCGGGACGGCAGUACAUCAAGUUACCAGCUCUCAGUAGAUAUGUACAACUUCAUUGGAAGUGGAAGAGUCAACUUUGGUCAUCCAGGAGUGUUUUUAAACGCUGAAGAUCAAGAUAACUAUGACUUCGUCUAUUUCAGGUUUGUUGAGAUUUAAGAGGCUGCUGUCACUGUUUUGAUUUCAAACCUGAGCGAUCCCGCAAAACCUUUUUACGACCAGUUCCGUUUACGGAAAUGAUUUCGGAGAAUUAGAACUCUGAAGAUGGGGAGUGCUAUAAGCUGACAUGUUGUUGUGAAUGAGUUAUGUUGUAUUUAAGCCUUUUACCUCAGUUUUUAGUCGCAUUUGCUUAAUUUUAUGUAUUGUUUCUUUUUAUUUCCCAGGCCUCAUUCAUCCAGCUUAUGUUUUCAGACGGGUUACGUUUACAAAGGUCAACCAAAAUUUGACGGAGCAAAGUCCGCCUCUUGCCCAGACGGUCCCCCCAAGGGAGCAGAAUGGUUCAACAUCAGGGUGGUAGUGUCGAAUUCCACACCUGCCGGGGAAGUGAAGGUCUACCUCAAAGGCACAUUGGUGACGUCAUUCAACCCGCGCUAUCCAAUCAGAAAACGUGGUGGUAUCUUGGUUGCCAAUGGUUACAACAAUGUGGUGUAUUACAAGAACUUUAAGUUUUUGUAAAGCAGUCAGUGUUUCUUCAAUUUAACAAAAGGCUAUUUAUAUAAAGCAAAGAAAACAUUGGACUAGAUUUAUAGCUCGUUUAUCACUUAAUAACUUUCUAUUCUCAAAUAUACUUUUUCUGCUUAUGUCAUAGUCAAGAUAACAUGAGAUCAGGCUCAAUUUUCGUUUCGCAUUGUAAAUCAACAUUUCGGCGGGCAAGGCGAAACGAAAAGAGAGCCCAAUUUUUAGCGGUAGUAGCCACAGGCGGCCCAGACGUAGUAUGUGUCAAAUGAAUAUAUUGAUAUUCAUAUAGACAAAAUAUGAGUCGUCGAAACUCCCAUGAACCAAAAUAGUCCAAAAGUCAAAAUAUAACAAAACAAAGCUAAGAUACCUUUAACUGAACGUACCCUUGUCUUUCCUGGCCGGUUAAAGUGGCAUUUUGUUGAGUUUUGCAAUUGUAGGUACGUCUGGGCCGCCGGUGAUGAGAACUGCUAAAAUGGGCCUGAUCUCAGGUUAUAGUCAAGAACAAUAAACGGACAAGUUUUGUCAAAAAACAGUCUGACUUUGUGUGGAUUCAUUUGGGACAUACGCGUAAAGCUCUCGCUCAGUUGAUGAUGUUGGCGCUGAGAAGCUCAGAGAAAUGCUCACGUUGCAUACCGUGAACAAACACGGCGUUCACGGUAGGUUCAUACUAAAAGAUGACUGUGAGCGUCAGUUUUGGAACGCCGGGACCGUUUCGUUAACUCAAAGAGAGAACUAUCGAUCUGUGUAGUACAUGAGCAAUUAAUAAGCAUAAUUUAUGAGCAAAGUAUUUUACCAGUUGCUGAUCACUAUGGCUGAAGACUUGAUUGUAAGCUGUUUCAGUACUGAAGCGAACAAUUCAAUUGCCGGUGAUGAACCCUGGUGUUAAGAAAUGGACGUCCAUGAGCGUAGGGAUGUACCGCCACCGAAAUGAUCCCCACCAUCGAAAUGAUCCCCGCAACCGAAAUGACCCCCAAUCACCACCGAAAUGAUCCCCACCACCGAAAUGAUACCUAUUCGCAAUCGAAAUGAUCCCGUCAUAAAUUUGAGUUCCGCGUGUCCUAAUGGACCUCCAAAGGGUGGUGUAUGGUUCCCAGUCUCGGUCACGGUGCACGGUCAAGACGUACAAGUGUACCACAGUGGAGUCCUGGUGGCGUCCGUCAAGUCCCAUUUUGCUCCAAGGGCCUGGGGAGGAGUGUUCACUUUCCUUGGUUACAAAAAUGUGAUCCUCUUCAGGAAGUUUAAAGUUGCGCCUCAAACGCUCGUUACUAAAAGAUGCAAAAAGGUAGUGUCAAACCUCGACAUCACCAAAGCAGUACUUGACAUCGAUCAUUCGAUGACAAUGGCCGUUUUCACAUUAGAGACGGAUAAUCCAUCUGCAAAAUCCGUCAAAAUUGACGGAUGAACAGAUGGACAAAGUCAGGCGGAUUGUUCAUCCAAAAUUAAAACCGUUCCAUUUUCAAAUUAAGUCGUGUUAUCUGUCUGGAGCGAAUUAUUCAACCGAUAACCCGUCUCAGACGGAUAAUCCGUCUCCAGAGUGAAAACGGCCAAUGUGAGAAAUAAUUCUCAUCAGCGACUUCAGUUUUAUAAAAAUUCUAAAGCAACCUAACUUUGCUUGACGAGAAUUCCUCGAGUCGACCAUAAAUUGACUUAUAAUAUAACGUGUUCUCCGAACUUUAUAUUUCUUUCACUCGUGUAAUAUUCGGUAUCACCAUCUUUACCAAAGUUAAAACCACAAUAGCUUUUUGCAAGAGCCAUAAUGGCUCUUGCUUUUUCCAAGUUGUCGGUUUUAGACCAAUCUCCUUAAGGGUUGAAAUAAACUCUCCGUCACUUCCAAAUUAAUAUUCGUAAGGGGUUCCCCUUCUUUUUUAUAUGGGAGUCCAUCCCCCUUCCCUGGGGGGUGGCUGGUGAAGGGGCAUUUUAACAUUUGAUUUUCCUACGCGAAAUCUUGUUCAUCUAACGGAUAUACGCAGGUUGAUGAGCUACCAGGAUACACUAAAGUGGAUGCUGCUCACGGACGUUGGCCGCAGGAUGGCUUCUGUCUAGUAGCAUACCUUAGAGACAGCAGUACAUCAAGUUACCAGCUCUCAGUAGAUAUGUACAACUUCAUUGGAAGUGGAAGAGUCAACUUUGGUCAUCCAGGAGUGUUUUUAAACGCUGAAGAUCAAGAUAACUAUGACUUCGUCUAUUUCAGGUUUGUUGAGAUUUAAGAGGCUGCAGUCACUGUUUUGAUUUCAAACCUGAGCGAUCCCGCAAAACCUUUUUACGACCAGUUCCGUUUACGGAAAUGAUUUCGGAGAAUUAGAACUCUGAAGAUGGGGAGUGCUAUAAGCUGACAUGUUGUUGUGAAUGAGUUAUGUUGUAUUUAAGCCUUUUACCUCAGUUUUUAGUCGCAUUUGCUUAAUUUUAUGUAUUGUUUCUUUUUAUUUCCCAGGCCUCAUUCAUCCAGCUUAUGUUUUCAGACGGGUUACGUUUACAAAGGUCAACCAAAAUUUGACGGAGCAAAGUCCGCCUCUUGCCCAGACGGUCGCCCCAAGGGAGCAGAAUGGUUCAACAUCAGGGUGGUAGUGUCUAAUUCCACACCUGCCGGGGAAGUGAAGGUCUACCUCAAAGGCACAUUGGUGACGUCAUUCAACCCGCGCUAUCCAAUCAGAAAACGUGGUGGUGUCUUGGUUGCCAAUGGUUACAACAAUGUGGUGUAUUACAAGAACUUUAAGUUUUUGUAAAGCAGUCAGUGUUUCUUCAAUUUAACAAAAGGCUUUUUUAUAAAGCAAAGAAAACAU